CUCGACCCGCUUCCCGAGCCGGGUGUGAACAGCGUCUCUUCACACCUACUGCUGUGAACAGGACGCUCGAGCUCGACCCGCCUCCCGAGCCGGGUGUGAACAGCGUCUCUUCACACCUACUGCUGUGAACAGGACGCUCGAGCUCGACCCGCUUCCCGAGCCGGGUGUGAACAGUCCCUCUUCACACCUACUGCUGUGAACAGGACGCUCGAGCUCGACCCGCUUCCCGAGCCGGGUGUGAACAGUCCCUCUUCACACCUACUGCUGUGAACAGGACGCUCGAGCUCGACCCGCCUCCCGAGCCGGGUGUGAACAGCGUCUCUUCACACCCACUGCUGUGAACAGGACGCUCGAGCUCGACCCGCUUCCCGAGCCGGGUGUCGGCCUCAGCAGCGGCUUGGCCGAAGCGCUCGUGCUCAUCUCACUCAACCUCGUCCUCCUCACCCUCGCCCUCGGCCUGACGCGCCGCAACCGCCUCCGGCUGACGCGCGCCUUUGUGCGCAUGGAGCGGUCGGGGGAGACGCGCGCCGCCGCGGUCAUCUCCGCCUUCAUUGGCGGCAUCGACUCGCGCAAGGCGAAGGCGCUGGCAGAGAGCAACUUCCGCGGCCUCCCCUUCUCGGCCCUGUGCGAGGCCGACUUCAAGGCGGCGAGGCGCGAGGCCGAGACGCGAGCCGACGGCGACGCGCUCUCUGCGCACUCGGUCCGGGUCGCGCUCGGCUCCGUGGACGCCUUUGUGCGCCACGCGUGGGACGACGACCACGUCGCCAAGUACAGGGCCCUCUCGCGCUGGGCCGCCAGCUUCAAGCAGAAGCACGGCCGUGAGCCGCUCCUCUGGCUCGACAAGGCGUGCAUCGACCAAUCCGACAUCGACAACUCCCUUCGCGUACUCCCCGUGUACCUGUCUGGCUGCCACGAGCUGCUCAUCAUCGCGGGCCCCUGCUACGUCGACCGCCUCUGGUGCCUGAUCGAGACGUUCACCUUCUUGUGUAUGGGCGGCGACCCGUCCCGCCUCUGCGUCCUCCUCCCUGACUCGCGCGAGGGGGAGGGUGCGCACUCUCGCAGCCCCUCCCCCUCGCACCGCCUCUCGGAGCCGUCUGGCGAAGGCUCGAAGAGCCGCGGGAGGCGGCGCGAGCGGCUGGCCAAGCGGUUCGUCGACCUGGACGUCGGCGCCGCGAACUGCUACGAGGCCGACCGCGACCGGCUGCUCGGCGCCAUCGAGUCCGGCUUCGACUCGCUCGACGAGUUCAACGCCGCUUGCUCCAGCGCGCUGCUCGCGGCGGCGCGCACGCCCUCCUGCGGGACGAGAGAGCGCGGCAGCAGGGCGGGGCCACUCCCGGGCAGGCUGAGCCGACUCGCGUCGCACAUCUCCCUCUCUGGCCUCGAGCGAGAGGCUUCGUCGAGCUGGAGCAGCAGGCGGUGGGGGCGCGGCUCGAGCUCGGGGAGCGAACUCGGGAACACCUCAAGGGAGUGCAGCGGCCCUUGAUUUCUCAUGCGUGGGUUGGCCAUGGCGACGCAUGGAGACUUUUGUUUUCUGAUUUCUCUUCCCCCCCUCUCGGUUCACGGUUGCGGACAGAGUCCCACACCGAGCUCUUAAAAGUCUAAUGUCUAUAUGUCAC